CUUCCUUGCUACAGCAUGUGGAUCAGGAGCCUUGGAGCAAGGGCAGGAGAAUGGAGCAUGGGCAAGGGAGCCCACCCCCCCUCUCAACGCCUCUCUUCUCUUCUCCCUCUCCCCUUCCCCCAGCAGCAUCUCGCCUUGAAGGAAUGAGAUGGAAAGUGUGUGGCACGGCAGUCGUUCCUCAAGUACCAACACUGGCGUAUCGUAUAAUGGAACCGGGGGAAGGGGGCCCACCAUCGCACAUCUUCACCCAUCAUCACACAUCAUCCCCCAUCAUCACCCAUCAUCACCCAUCAUCACCCAUCACCCAUCAUCACCCAUCUUCACCCAUCAUCCCCCUUCAUCACCCAUCUUAACCCAUCAUUCCCCAUCAUCACCCAUCACCCAUCAUCACCCAUCACCCAUCACCCAUCAUCACCCAUCACCCAUCAUCGCCCAUCACGCAUCAUCACCCAUCACCCAUCACCCAUCAUCACCCAUCACCCAUCAUCACCCAUCAUCACCCAUCUUCACCCAUCAUUCCCCUUCAUCACCCAUCUUAACCCAUCAUUCCCCAUCAUCACCCAUCACCCAUCAUCACCCAUCACCCAUCACCCAUCAUCACCCAUCACCCAUCAUCGCCCAUCACGCAUCAUCACCCAUCACCCAUCACCCAUCACCCAUCAUCACCCAUCAUCACCCAUCACCCAUCACCCAUCAUCACCCAUCACCCAUCAUCGCCCAUCACGCAUCAUCACCCAUCACCCAUCACCCAUCAUCACCCAUCUUCACCCAUCAUCCCCCUUCAUCACCCAUCAUCCCCCUUCAUCACCCAUCUUAACCCAUCAUUCCCCAUUAUCACCCAUCACCCAUCACCCAUCAUCACCCAUCACCCAUCACCCAUCAUCACCCAUCACCCAUCAUCGCCCAUCACGCAUCAUCACCCAUCACCCAUCACCCAUCAUCACCCAUCACCCAUCAUCACCCAUCAUCACCCAUCAUCACCCAUCAUCACCCAUCUUCACCCAUCAUUCCCCUUCAUCACCCAUCUUAACCCAUCAUUCCCCAUCAUCACCCAUCACCCAUCAUCACCCAUCACCCAUCACCCAUCAUCACCCAUCACCCAUCAUCGCCCAUCACGCAUCAUCACCCAUCACCCAUCACCCAUCACCCAUCAUCACCCAUCAUCACCCAUCACCCAUCACCCAUCAUCACCCAUCACCCAUCAUCGCCCAUCACGCAUCAUCACCCAUCACCCAUCACCCAUCAUCACCCAUCUUCACCCAUCAUCCCCCUUCAUCACCCAUCAUCCCCCUUCAUCACCCAUCUUAACCCAUCAUUCCCCAUUAUCACCCAUCACCCAUCACCCAUCAUCACCCAUCAUCACCCAUCAUCACCCAUCAUCACCCAUCAUCACCCACCACCCAUCAUCACCCACCACCCAUCAUCACCCAUCAUCACCCAUCAUCACCCAGCAUCACCCAUCAUCCCCCAUCACCCAUCAUCACCCAUCAUCACCCAUCUUCACCCAUCAUCACCCAUCAUCAUCCAUCAUCACCCAUCAUCACCCAUCAUCCCCCAUCAACCAUCAUCACCCAUCACGCAUCAUCACCCAUCACCCAUCACCCAUCAUCACCCAUCACCCAUCAUCACCCAUCAUCACCCAUCUUCACCCAUCAUCCCCCUUCAUCACCCAUCUUAACCCAUCAUUCCCCAUCAUCACCCAUCAUCCCCCAUCAACCAUCAUCACCCAUCACGCAUCAUCACCCAUCACCCAUCACCCAUCAUCACCCAUCAACCAUCAUCACCCAUCACCCAUCAUUACCCACCACCCAUCAUCACCCAUCAUCACCCAUCACCCAUCAUCACCCAUCAUCACCCAGCAUCACCCAUCAUCCCCCAUCACCCAUCAUCACCCAUCACCCAUCAUCACCCAUCAUCACCCAUCACCCAUCACCCAUCACCCAUCACCCAUCACCCAUCAUCACGCAUCACCCAUCAUCACCCAUCACCCAUCACCCAUCAUCAACCAUCAUCACCCAUCACCCAUCAUCAACCAUCAUCACCCAUCACCCAUCAUCACCCAUCACCCAUCAUCACCCAUCAUCACCCAUCAACCAUCAUCACCCAUCAUCACCCAUCAACCAUCAUCACCCAUCACCCAUCAUCACCAAUCACCCAUCAUCUCCCAUCAUCAUCCAUCACCCAUCAUCAACCAUCAUCAACCAUCAUCACCCAUCAUCACCCAUCAUCCCCCAUCAUCACCCAUCACCCAUCAUCAUCCAUCAUCACCCAUCAUCAACCAUCAUCAACCAUCAUCACCCAUCACCCAUCACCCAUC